AAGAAUUAGAAGCAGCCGCUCUUUCUCCUUGGUUUCGCAGCUCCUCUGUCCUGCAGGUCAACGAACAGCAAGCGUGUCAACGUCCUACACACGGCUUCCUCCCACCAUCGCGACCUUGUUGGGUGUCAGUCAGGCUUCGAGUCAAGCGCUCGUGCAGCAUUCCACAUAACCCAAUACGCAGACCCCGGAACCUGCUGAACAGGAACCCAUCUUCUUUUCCCUUGUGACUUUUUGGAACAUCACCAUUGGUCAAAGAUGAGCUGGGAUCCGGACAAUAGCAUCCUGCCGAGCGAGGAGCGCGAUCAGGAGGAACAGGCGAGGGCGUGGUAUGACGAGCCCACACGAGCGCUCAAUCGGGAACUCGUGUCAGAGAACAUGCGCCUCAAGAGGCUCCUGCGAGAGAAUGGAAUCUCUUGGGACCCUCGGCUGACGCUUGACCCGGAUGACCGGACCAGAGGCACCUGGUCGUCCUCCAAGCGGCCGCGAACUCGCAGCUCCAGAGGUCCGCCGUCAUUUUCACACGAGAACCGACACCUGCCGGUGCUUCCUGUGGAGAUUCAGCUAUACAUUCUGGAGUACGCUAUGACUAGCAAGUUUCCAAUCAUCGAUCCUUUGUCAAAACUGAACAAAGAGACCUUGGUUGCCGAAGAGAAGGCACGUGGCAACCAAAUAGCCAUUGGUUUUCUGGCGACCUGCAAAGCAUACUACGUUGAAGGUACUCGCUUUCUGUGGAGCAACAACACGUUCGUCUUCACGAGCCAUGUGGCUCUACGCAACUUUGCCUCCGUGAGCCUUGAGCACCGUCGGGGCAUCAAGCAUGUCACCUUCCGCAUCAUCGCCCGCUAUUAUGACGACGAAGAGCGCAAGCAUCUCGCCCCGUAUCCUUCUGCGAACGAUACGUUCUUCAAGACCAUCAACCUCAGGACUGCUCCCCGAAUCAGAGAAGACACACUCGCCCGUAAGGGGUUCCGGAGCUACGCAUGGAACCAGGUUGUCGACUUUCUAGAUGCAAUGCGGCCUCCCUUUGACCCCGAUCACCCCAAGGGACAGCCACGUCCUCGCCUCCUUCCCGGUUUAGAGUCUCUCAGGAUGGACUUCGUGAACUUUCCGGAUAGCUUCCUCUCCCCUGGUUCGGGAAACUUUCUCCAUGGCCUGGCAUCGCACGAUCUAGGUUGCUCUCUCAACGAGUUACAGCUUACCGGACUUCCGGCCUGCGACUUUGGAGAAGAGCUAGUCGCUGAGCUAUCGGGCAUGGUCAAGGACGAUGGGCUACUCCUGAGAUCGGAUGCAACUUUCGUGUACUCUGGGAACCAGCUCCGCCCAAUGGCACAGCGAGCGAGAAGAUGGAUGCCUGAGUGGGUUCCCAAGGUCGUUCGAUCAUGGAGGGCGCUCGCAGAUGAGUACGCACGCAGCAAGGGCAAAACAGCCAGCACUGAGGCGCUCCAUCCCCACCAUCGCCAUAGCCACAUUCACCACAGGAUGCCGCCGGCCCCAAAGGAGGAGGGUCACCCAAACUCUCUUUGGAAGGCACGUAGAACUAUAUUCAAACGGAUCCCAGUUGAGCAGGACGAGGACUAUCGGAUUUGGGCCGAGUUUGACCGGCUCACGGGCCUUCCGAUCGAACCCGACGAGUAUGAUUCAGAAGAGGACGAAUACGACGUGUCCGAUCUUGUCUGCCCCCAUUGCGACGUUAUGCACUCGCCUUUUGGGGAUCAUUGAAGGAUCACGACCACGACAGGUGAACGCAUCUGGCGGAGUUGAUGGUUCAGCGAUGGGAUGACAUAAGUUUUAUCAUCAGCAACGCUGUCCGCCAUGGCAAGGAAGGCAUCAUUCUCGUGCAAGGGGUCUCCGUGUUAGCUGUAACUUGGGCCAUUCGACAUUGUCUUCGGAUUAGGCGUCAGCUUUACAAUCUUUCUGGUGGCUUUAGGCUUCGGCUUUUUGGGGUUUGUUUGAAGGCGCGUUAAGAUGUCUGGGAGUGUAAUGAAUGGGCAAAGGCGUCAUCAGGGAGUGUAAAAAAGCUAGGACGG